GGGAUAUUGAAAUGUUUGUAUGAACAUUUCAAGGCCGAGUAAACAAAAAGCAACAAUGAAGGCAGAAAAUGGGACUAACAGCAAGGUGGAUAUGAGUCUAGAUGAAAUAAUCAAGCUGAACCAGAAAGAAGCUCGUAAAAAGAAGCAAAAUCAGCAAACCACAGCCACUCGCGGUGGACGGCAAAAGUUUACUAGUUCUCGACAAAAAUUACGGGUAGCUGCUGGUGGAAUUCGACUCCGAAGUCUAAAACAAAAGCGACUUUCUCGAAACAAUCGUCCUGUUCAAGAGUCUUCUACACAACCUCAAGUUCCUGCUAAAAAUAAACGUGUAUUCACAGCAAGAAACAUCCGCCCAAGUCGAUCAGUUGCUCUAGCAGUGCUUCGUAGGGCUCAGCGAACUGCUGCUGCUGCUGCAAAAACGGCAGCUGAUGCAACUGCGCUUCUUCAGCGCAACCGUAUCCAACGUCAGAAAUUGUUUGAUCAACGACGAAGCCUCCAGCCAGCCUCUCGCAUUGCCUAUGAAAGACGUCGCGCAAGGCGCAGAAGUGCGCCUGUUCCCGAACUUGGUUCUCGAACAGCCUACAACACAUCUAGGGUUAUUGGUCGUUCUUGGGAAGCAGAACAACAAUCACUGAGCUUUCAAGGACGCCCACGCCGCAAAUCUCGUCAGAUUCUGGAAAUACCUCGAGGCAGGCGAACUUCUUUUCGUGGGACUUCUCAGAAUGGUUCCUCACGCAUCAGCACGCCUUCUCGUAAUCAGAGGUGGAUUCAACGUUCUACUUUUCGAGGUAAUAGCCGAGGUCGACAGCGUAGUAAUUACACUCUUCCAAUAAAUAGUCGUCCAGCUUCCCGCGCUCGUAAUGCAGAAUAUCUGGCUCAGGCACGUGCGCUCAUCCGAGCACAAAGUGAGCAUGCUCAAAGGUAUAAUCUUGAUGAUACACCUACUACAUCUUUAUGGGCUCCUAGAUCCUAUAGUGCACCACGCAGGAACCUGAACUACUACGCAAAAUAUUGGGAUUCAUAGUAUCAGAACUGUUUGAUUUACCACAGAUCAACAUCGUUCGGAAAAGUAGUAUGUGGCUAUAUUUGAUACACUGAAUAAAUGUGCUUGUAUCUAUAUUUAUUCAAAUAACUUAUCUCGGAUGUUGAAUAUUGUUGAUUAUAAAAAAUGACAAGUUUGUGUAUGUUUUAAGUUGUAAAAUUGGGAUUUACAAACUCCUGUUCGCUCCAACUAUAUUAAAACACAACAACAAGUUCAGUUUGACUUGUAUAUGCUCGUUUUUAUAAGCGUAUAACAAAUACAAUGAAAAUUACCAACUGAACUGUACGCUUUUGUAUGUUUUUAGAACUUAAUCAACAAGCAUUUCAUUUCACUGAAUAAAAUGUGAUGAUAUUAUUGCAA